AUGGCGUCUAGCAGUUCCGACAAAGAAGCACAAGUUACUAAGGAAGAAGCCACUACUGCCGGAGGUAAAUUAAUAGCUUAUUAAAACUCUAUUAACCUGAACUAGAGUACUUCCCUUCAGUUGUCGACAAAAGGGGAGGAAGUAAUAGCGAGGACUUUUGUUUUGUAAUUUUGAGAAAAUGAGCUGCGUGGCAGUGUUUACUACGUGGCAGUGUUAAAUACGAAACGUGACGCGCCCGAGUCUCGAACGGGAGUGCCAAUGAAAAUUCCAUCUUUCUACUUCUUACAACAUUCCAAAGGUUAACAUUAGGUUUUACUAGGAAAUUGGAGUUAAGAACCCAGUCGCUUUUAAGCGGUUAAAGACAUUAGUCAAUCUUUGUAUUUUUUAAUAAAUGAAUUAUUUAUUAUUUAAGGAGUUUAUAUCUGAUAUGACGUGGGCAAAAGCGUCCAAAACCGGUAGCCUUAUUUAUGUGCAAGCAUUUAAGAGGCUGUCCGCGUAAGAACCGAUAAGGCAAAUUUCGGUCUAUCACGGAUUGCCCUGAUUUUUUCAGUGGAAGAUGACUAUCCUAUCCCAUGAAGAAAUAUCACAUUUAUUUGGACCAACUCAAUUUUUUCUCUAUUUUACAGGAAGAUUUUCUCGGUCACCUAAAACUAGUCAGUUUGCCGUAGGAAGUAGUGCGAUUUUGGUGAAACUUUAGGGCUCUGUCAAACCUACCUUACAUAGCCGAAUAAUCUGAUUAUUUUACACACAAAAGUUUUAACUCUCAUUAAUAGUUUCAAUGUUUAAUGGUUGCAUUCUGUGGAAAGUUGGCUGAGAUAUGAUUUUUUGAAAAUGACCUUUAAUUUGCUCAGCAGGAAAAGUAAUUUGCAUAACUAGAGCUGAACGGUAAUUUCGCAAAAGUGGCACCUGACCCAGACUCAAGUCUAUGAUAAAUCAGAAGUACUAAGACCAGUCUACUUCUUAACGCAAUAAAAUUUGUGGGCACUCUUCUUUGCGUGCCGUGCAAAGUUCCGUUUAUGUUCCAAAAUUCGCCAUUUUGACAGCAAAGCUGGAAUUGUAACGGGUCCGCAUCUGAUCGACUAAUUUCCACAGCUUUAACGUUUCCAGUUAUCACUAAAUAUCAUUAGACCCUUUAAAUGUUGGACGUUUGAAAACAUGUGGAGAAAACUUAGUAAUCGCUUUUUCUUGGGUCUUUUUCUUGUCGACGAUGAACGUGACUUCGUUCUCGGUAUGCAAAUUAGCCUUAGAUCCGUUGUUUCAACAAAUUGACAGGAAAUAUAAUCGUUACAUUCACAUUUCUAAGGGGAAAAAUAAUUCUCCUUUCCACAGAAAAACACAAACCAUGACUUAGAAUCCCGUUAAGGUCUGUUUUUUUUUUUUUAACGAGGAAGAAGCAGCUGAAUAAUAUAUCAUGAUACAUGUUUGCGGCUUAAAAUAAUUCAAUUACUGUGGCCUGUCACGCAUUCCUGAAGACGGGUGGUCGAUUAGAAAACAAUAGCGUUGUGUCGAUCAAUUCGAUAAUAUUAUCAUCUUUUUUUUAAAUGAUAGUUAUUGAUAAUAAUAAAAAAUAAGAGUUCACUUGCAAGGUAAUUCCUCCUGUCAGCACACGAAAAUGUUUGGGCACUCUUUUUUGCGUGCCUUUAUAAAAAAUAGCGUUAACGUCGAAAGCUGUAUUGUGAUAUUUGCUUAUCGGGAGAAGGCAGAUCUUUGUACAUGGCACUAUGAUUAAAAAAAAAAAGGCCCCACACUUUUUCUAUCUUAAAUUAGCGGUAAAUUUCAGUUUCAUUCAAAGAUCUUUAAAGUGUUUAUCGGUAGCUUAUCGGUAGCAGAAUGAAAAGGGAAAAAUAGUUCCUUUUUUCAGUGAAUAAACGCAAAAGGGAGUAUUUUUUCAGUUUUUGUUAGGGUAUAACAUCCGAAUUCCAACGAUGAUCUUGUUUUGGUUUCAAUCUGAUUGAAUUAUAAUGCAACAGGUGCCAGUUUCAAAUUAAAUAUAACUAUGUCACUGAAAUCGCCGAAGAGAUCAAUUGUGAAAAAUGGCUUUUUCGGCUAUUUCAUCAAGCAGUUCUUCCGCGAGAUCGUAGACAGAGUGGGUCCCGGAAAGGGUGUGGAGGAAAAUGUGUUGGUCACAGAGUGCAUGGAUGAUAUUACCUCGCACUUAGCCAGCUGUCACUUGUCUAAGUGUAGCAAGUGUAGCAAAGACAAUGAAAAUGAACUCAUUUUAGCGAGAGUACGUAUUCGAGGCUUGGUGGGUAUUCGGAACUGAAAUGACAAUCUGCCCAAGGCACAGACACUAAAUAGCCUGUGUACAGACCCCCUCCUCUCAGGAAAAAUCGGGGAAGGGGCCGCUUCUCCCAAGGGGGGAAGGGUAGUGUGCAAACAGGCUAACACUAAAAUGACAAUCGGCUUUAGGCACAGGUUUUUGCGAGCGCCAAGGUCUUGUUAGGCUCGAUUGUAAGCCGCUGUUCUGGAAAACGAGCCCCCAACGGACGGGGAGAGGGCGGAAAUCGAGCCUAAGGUCUUGUCAAUACCCCGGUCACACUCUGGAUCAUAAUGGCAAAAUAACUUCUGUGGCAGGAAGACACGUCGUAAAUUUCCAGAUAGCCAGCGAAAUAAGUCAAAGUUUUGUUCCAUCAUUCUUUUUUCUUCUUCAUGCAAACAAUUGUCUUAACGUACAGAGAUAUUUUAAUUUCUCUAUUUAACAUUUUAUCUUGCGAUGUUUCCUGAAGCUCGUUUCCAGUUUAUUUGAGCUUGCAAAGAUAGUUUUUGUUAUUUCUAUUUUUUUGACAGCCGUGUAUCUUGCCCUAAUCAAUUCUUACCUUUAAAAUACUAUACAUACCGGUUAAUCCGUGUGUUGUGAAAGAUUGUUUUCUGAUGAUUGUUUGAAGAGCAUUACAAAUUGUAUUUAUACCCUCUUGAACAAUGUGCUUCAUCUCACCUCUCCAUUUUUAACCUACUUUACCAUGCACCCUCUCUCCCCACUGUUCCACCUCUACUUUAAUAAGCAUUUGUAUUUAAGAGGGUGAAAUUUCUCCCGUGUAUAUUAAUUUCAGAAAAAAUAAGUCCUUCUACUUUUCCUUAAAUUCUUAAACUUAAUUCUUUUUUCUUUAAGAACGGCCAAAGAUGCUGCUAAGGCUGCAAUAAGCGCCCUCGCCCUUUUGUAUACUUCAUCUAGCGAAAUGCCCGCCCUUUCAUAUACCUGAAGCCUGAAAAAGAUACUCCUUUCGGGCGGAACCUCCCCGUAUAGGCCAUCAUAGGGAGUUCCCCCCAAUCCCGUUCCAAUUCCGUGCUCACCUAUUGCCAGCCCAUGUUGGACUCUAGGCCCGUUUGAGUCAACACGUAAACAUAAUCCUAAGUGUAUACAAGUUGAACUUGACCAUAGAGAUCUGUUGCAAGAAGACGAGGAGUUCGAAAGGCAAAGCUUGUUGCAGAAAUCGCUGAAGAAUUGAGACCACAACACCCUCAACCUGAAGCUUUCAACCUAUGUGUAUGUCAAAGGAAGAACAACACCUAGUCAGUUCAACGUGGUAAUGCUAAAAAAAUCUUGUGUCACUUAAAAAUACCAUUCAAAUCCAGGGAAAGAAAAGGAGACCUAGUUGACAAACUUUCGUCUUUCAUACAAGAUUGCAUGUGCUUUUCUCCAACAGCUCAGGAGUGAACAUAUGGAUCCUUAAUUUAGUGUGAUUAACAGCCGGCAAAACUUUUGGGAUUUAACACUGAGAAGGACCUUAAACAAUAACUAUGCCUUUUUCUGCAUGCCAUUCCUCAUUUUUACUGAAAUGUUGUUAAUUGGCGAUAAACACAAUGCUCUGUUAAUACCACCCUAAUGUUUGUAUAGCCUAUGGUUAGCAAGGGAUCUUGGAAAUGAAAGUACUUUGCAGGUGUGGUGCUAUGCUGUCGCACGGUAUCUCUGAAGUUGUUUGCGAGCUAUUUCCAAAAUAUUAAUUUUUGAUUCUGUAAUUGAAAAUAUUGUGCUAGUGCUCGUGAAUAAGAGUGGCCGUGUCCAAGUGACUACUUUGUAGCUAAUUGUCGUGUAUUACACCAUGGGCUGUCAUAUUAAACCCUAUCCUCACGGUAACUCCCGGGGAUACUGACUCAGUUAAAACGGUCGUAGAAUGAAUAAAUACAACAGCACGGUAUUUCCCACCCAGUAAAGAAUCGGAAUUAACAGUGAUUAAAUUGUAUGAUUAUCAAUAACGAUCACUUCAAAAAAAAUAUAAUCAGAUAAAAGAACUGAUCGAUAUACGGCCACUCUCGGGGAAUGCGUGACGGGCCACAGUAAUUAAAUUAUUUUAAUUCGCGUAAACAUAUCUUCUUCUACUACUUCUUCCUCGUGAAACAGACCUAAGGGAAUUCUAAGUCAUAUAUCGUUCGUGUUUUUCCGUGGAAAAUUCUAAGAGAUAUUUUCCCUUAAAAAUGUGAAAUAUAAGCAGUUAUGUUCCCUGUCAAUUCAAUUUGUUGAAACGACGCAUCUAAGGCUAAUUUGCAUACGGAGAAUGAAGUCGCGUUGUGAUCGUCGACCAGGAAAAAAACCAAGAAAACGCGAUUACCAAGUUUUCUCCUCAUGUUUUCAAAAGUCCAACAUUUAAAGGGUCUAAUGACAUUUGGUGAUAACUAGAAACGUUAAAACUGUGGAAAUUAGUCGAUCAAACGCGGACCGUUACAAUUCCAGCUUUGCUGUCAAAGUGGCGAAUUUGUAACAUUAACGGAACUUUGUACAGCGCGCAGAGAAGAGUGCCCACAAAUUUUAUUGCAUUAAGAAGUAGACUGGUCUUAGUACUUCUGAUUCAUCACAGACUUGAGUCUGGGUCAGGUGCCACUUUCGCGAAAUUACCGUUCAGCUCUAGUUAUGCAAAUUACUUUCCUGCUGAGCAAAUUAAAGGUCAUUUAAAAAAAAUCAUAUCUCAGCCAAAUUUCGACAGAAUGCAACCAUUAAACUUUGACACUGUUAAUGAGAGUUAAAACAUUUGUGUGUAAAAUAAUCAGCUUAUUCGGCUAUGUAAGGUAGGUUUGACAGAGCCCUAAAAAUUCACCAAAAUCGCACCACUUCUGAAGGCAAACGGGCCAGUUUUAGGUGACCGAGAAAAUCUUCCUGUAAUAUAGAGAAAAAAUUGAGUUGGUCCAAAUAAAUGUGAUAUUUCUUCAUGGGAUAGGAUAGUUAUCUUCCACUGAAAAAAUCAGGGCAAUCCGUGAUACAACGAAAUUUGCCUUAUCGGUUCUUACGCGGACAGCCUCUUAAGUAGGUACAUUAUCGGCAAAAAGUGAGCCGCGAGAAAUUUUCUUUUAAAAAAUAAGCGUUAAUAUCACUUAGUUAGACCCUCCUGGUUAGUGGGUUUUAUUAUACCCCAGAUUAAGUGUUAAUUAGUUGUAAAGAACAGGGAUUAGCCGUGGGUUAACACGUAGAAAAAUUAUAAGUGUAAACUGUUAUACCACCACCAUAUUGCGACCCAUGGACAAUUGAAUGUGAAAUCCCUUUUUGUGUGCUUUUCUUUUUUGUUUAUUUGUUUUUAAUCGAGAUGUGUAAUAAACAUCGUAAACAACGAUGUUGUUCACUCUACCAAUAGGAGAAGAACAGGAAAAAGUCAAACAUCGAUUUUCUGAGCCGUGGGAAGAUAGCGACCUGAUUCUUAUCGUGGAAGAUGAGAAGUUUCAUGUUCAUCGCCUGAUAUUGAGCAUGAACUCACCAGUGUUUAAGGCCAUGUUCAAAUCAGGCUUUCAAGAAGCAAACAACAACGAAAUUCAGUUGCCUGGGAAAAGAGGAAAUGAAGUUCUGGACUUUUUGAAGCAGUUUUACAUACAAGAAAAAGAGGAAAUUACGGGUAAGUUGCUGUUUCAUAACUUUGUUUGUCAAGUGGACCUCUAGAAUGGUUUAACCUUAAAAGUGUUUUAACCUUUAAAUCUAAAUCUAAAGCUCAAAGCAGCCCGAGAAUCUGAAACUGAUGAAUAUUGAAUGCAUUCAACAUGUAACAUUUACAUUUUCAAGAGCAAAUUGAUUAUUUUUUUUAACAUGUGUUUUUGGGCCAUUAGUCAGUAUAAAUUUUCAGACUUUUGAUUAUUUAAAAAUUAUGGUAUAUGAUUUGACGAGUUAAGUUGACGAGUAGUAUAGAAGGAAUGUUUUAGGCUCGUUUUGAAGGAAAACCUCUUUAACUUGAUUGGAAAAGCGUCAAUGACUUCGUGUGCUAUUUUUAGGUAGUUUGACUACUUAGUGAAAUAAAGCGAGUGAAGGAAGGAAUCGCGGGAUGAAGAAAUAAAUACAGAGAAGAUCAUCACAGUAAAGACGCAACUUAUGCAGCUGCGAAAAGAAAGCCUGAAGAAAUUCAUGCAGGCUUGCCAGGAUUUGAAACCUGACCUCUGUGAUACGGGUGCAGCGCUCUAACCAACUGAGCUAGUAAGCCGACUGGGAAAGGUUCGUAAGACAGUGAAACCUCUAUUAAGCGGACACCUUCGGGACCUUCCCAAGUGUCCGCUUAAUAGAGGUUGUAAAAAUUGCGCAAUGUUUGUUAACGAUCAAAAUUUAACGCUUACUCUGUACUGUGAUAAAGUUGCAUGUUGUUAAAGAAGCUAUCCUGAGUUUAAGUUCAUUACCUUUCAUUACCAACUUUAAUUUGUUUGUAAAUGCAAAUAAUUUAACUGACUUCAGUACGUAUUUCAAGGACGUAAUCCAAUACUAUUAUUGUCAAUUCAGUUCGGUGUCCACCUAAUAGAGGUUUUUAACAAUUAUAGAAAUUAGCCAAGUACAAUUUAUUUUUAAUUAGUGUCCGCGUCCGCUUAAUAGAGGUGUCCGCUGAAGAGAGGCUCGUUAUAAAUGGAAAUAUAAGACGUUAAUUUCUGGUACCGACUUAGCGUCCGCUUAAUAGAGGGUGUCCUCUUAAUUGGGGGUCCGCUUAAUAGAGGUUUCACUGUAUAGGAAUAUACCGGCCCGGGAAAAGUGAGAGAUGAAAUGAUGAUCUUCACUGCGUUCAUUUCUUCAUCCCGUAGCUCAACUAUCUGUAAUUCAAAUAUCCUUCUUUUUAAUUAUUUUUGCGCAAAUUGGCAUAUGAAUAUGAACAAAUACGCC